AUGUCCCAGUCGUCUUCGCAAAGCCCAGACAGUUGGAUUGGCACCUUCUGUAACCUGGUUGGUCAUGAGUAUUUCGCCGAAGUCAGUGAAGACUUUAUCGAGGAUGAUUUCAAUUUGACCGGUCUACAAGCACAGGUGCCCAUGUACAAGGAUGCCUUAGAAAUGAUUCUUGAUGUCGAGCCAUCAGAGACGAAUUCGUCAGCCCUGUCUGAAGAGGAGGAGGAGGAAGAGGAGGAAGAGGAAGAUGACGGACUGCUAGGCGAUGAAUUGGAUGACCCUAUGGCCAAUCAAAACGGGGGCCCCAGAAGACAGUCCGGCGUGUCGUCUGGUCCUAACGGGAGACGGCAUGGUCGCACGUCGUCAGAUACUAGUGUUAUUGAGUCCUCUGCCGAACUCCUCUAUGGUCUGAUUCAUGCCCGAUACAUCACCUCAAGACCUGGAAUUCAACAAAUGAUGGAAAAGUACGAAUUGUCGCACUUUGGCUUCUGUCCGCGAGUCUAUUGUGCUGGGACAAAAGUACUUCCAGUCGGUUUGACGGAUAGCCCAGGCCAACAGACCGUCAAGCUGUUCUGUCCCAGCUGCAUGGACGUAUACACACCUCCCAACUCUCGAUUUCAAGCCGUUGAUGGCGCGUUCUUUGGUACGACUUUCCCUUGUCUAUUCUUCAUGUCAUAUCCCGAUCUUGAAGUGGCUCCCCUCAAAAAGCGGACGGCCAAGGACUCCACAGCCCAAGGAAACGAUGAUGCAGAAAGUCUACUCAGUCCAACUGAGACGACUACUGCACGCAGCAAUACAGGCAUGACUGCAAGUCGAAGUUCUAGCUUAACCUUACCACAAGCUCCACCAAUUCCUGGAGUGACACCAACGAAGGAUGAAAAGACUUCGCUGGCCAGCACCCUGGCUUCUUUACCGCCUCAACCUACGACCAUCAACGGAAUGGCCACCCAUAAUCUUGCACCUGGCCUUGGAAAGGGCAAGAUCUACGAACCCAAGGUCUAUGGUUUCAGGGUUUCGGAACGUGCCAAGAGUGGACCUAGGAUGAAGUGGCUCCGAUCCAAACCUGCUGAUAUCAAUCAACUUGACGAAGCCCGGCUGUGGCAUGAGCGGUAUGGUGGAACUGUCGACGGUGAUGCAGAUGAAGAGCCGCAAGCAUUAUCCGGCGACAAAGAAAAUGAGAACGCAGAACAUGAAGACGCGGAUCAAGACGGUGAUGCCAUCAUGCUGACCCAAAGUCAGGGACAGACUGGAACGCGGCCGAGAACGAAACGAGAAGCAGACGCAGAUGGCGAUGCCCCGAUGGAAACUCAGAGUCAAAUUCAGGCAAAAGGGAAAGCGAGGCGGAAGUCAGGUGCAUCGAGAACCCAAGCCAAUGCGGAGGCGGACCACGGUCAGACAAAGACAGAAGAGGGAACUAAUUGGAUAUGA